AUGUCCCUGUACAACAACGGGGCCAAGAUGCCUUCCCCCCAGGAAGCAUCAAAUGGCUUCUCUCAGCCUGGGGCCUCCGGCACCUGGCACAAGCCCGAGGAGGAGCUGCGGCUGGUGGAGCCUAGCUUGGUAAAGAAAGCUCAUCGGGAAAUCCUGGACCAUGAGCGCAAGCGGCGGGUGGAGCUGAAGUGCAUGGAGCUACAGGAGAUGAUGGAGGAACAAGGGUACUCCGAAGAGGAGAUCCGGCAGAAGGUGGGAACCUUCCGGCAGAUGCUGAUGGAGAAGGAGGGCGUGCUCACCAGGGAGGAUCAGCAUGGGCGUCAGAUAGUGAUAGAAAACCACCAUAUGGUGGAUGGAGAGGAGUAUGCCAUGGAGUACCCUGAGUAUGGAGAGGGCUGCCCGCUGCAGUGCGACUGUUCAGCUGACUGCUACCGAGAUGACAGCAGCCACAGAGAAUACAGGCUGAAGAGGAGGUCGAGCAGCUCCACCUCUCCCCCACCUAAGAAGAAAAAGAAAAAGAAAUCAGGGCAUCGCCGGAGCCGCAAAAAGAGGAAACCUGGCUCCGAGCGCAGUGGGGACAGCUCCUCACCAGUCCGGAAGGAGAAGAAGAAGAAGGCUGGGAAGAAGCACAGACGAGACAGGUCUGAGUCUGGAUCCCGGAAGAAGAGAAGACACAGGUCCAGAAGCCCCAAGAACAAAAGGAAAGAAAAAAACAAAGAGAGAAAAAGAUCCCAUAGUGGCUCUCCUGCCCGAAGGUCCCACAGACACAGCAGCUGCAGCUCCCACAGUGCUUCACUGUCUUCAGAUUACAGCAACUCCAAAUCUCCCAGCAGACUCAGCCCCAAGCACAGGGAGGACGGACAGAAGGCCAGCAGCCACCGUUCCAGCCGGAGCCCGUCCUCCUCUGGCACCUGCCACAGCCGCUCGGCCACACCACACCAGAACGGGCAUAAGGGCAGCGCCCAGAACGGUCGGCACAGCCACAGCAACCUGGUCAUAAAACAGCAGGAUAGGCUGGACUCCGCAUCCCCUUCUUCAAGGGCUCAUGUCAAGACUGAGUUGCUGUCGCCUCGCUCCAAGAGUAGCAGACAUGGCGCCAGGAGCCCCAGGUCAAUGUCACCAGAGAAAGGAGGCCGAUGCUCUGGAGUGGACAAGCAUUCUCACCGCCGGCGCUCCCGCUCCACCUCAAUGCACAAACACAAGGGCCGGAGCAAGGCCAAGCCCUCAGCCCAGAAGGAGUCACCCCGAUCACUCAGUAACACAGGCUACAGUAGUGAUUCGGAGGGAUCAGCCUGCUCCCAUCCCUACCACAUGAUGCCAGGGGUGGAGAAGAACCAUGGGGCUCAUGCAAAAAAGGUGAAGGAGAGACACCAUCGUGGCAGGCCAAACAGCAGCUCAGAGUCACCUAUCAAGCAUUCCAGGCACAACUCAGAGAGAAAGAAGAGCGUGUCCCGGAGCACGGGCCACCGGAGCAGUUCCUGGAGCUCCAGCGGGUCCUUAUCCAAAUCCCGGUCCAGAUCCCGGGAGAAGAGAGCAGCACGGAGCAGGACUCGGUCUCCUUCACAGAAAAAAACUGCAAGCAGAGAGAAAGACAGUGAGCCCCGAAUACGCCACAGUGAUACUGAUCCCACCCGACCCCGGCGCCGCUCCAGAAGUUAUUCCCCCAUCAGGAAGAGGAGACGUGACUCCCCCAGCUUCAUGGAGCCCAGAAGAAUUACAAGGGUUCCUCUCAGAGAGCAUCGCUGCAGGCCUGGUUACUCUGGUAACCCCCCCCUCGCCAGGACCCCACUGUGUCUCCUUGAAUGCACUGCUGCUCGCAAGCGUCCAAUCCCCUACUACAGACCCAGCCCUUCCUCUUCCAGCUCCCUGAGCAGCUACUCAUACAGCCGGAGCCGGAGUAGGAGCUAUGACAGCUACAGCCCCAGCCGCAGCCGGACUCGCAGUCCUCCAAGCCGCUCCCGGAGCCAGAGCCGGAGCCCUAGCUACACCAGCCACAGCAGCUCAGAGAGCGCUGGGUUCUGAGCCAGCCAGGGCAGGAGCGGCCCACUGGAACCAUCACCACCACCCACACACAGCUGCACGCCCCCUCCCUCCGUCCCAUCUCCUCCCAUCCCGCCCACCCCACUCUUUGGCCUGGGCCACCCAGGCUGCAGCCAACACCAGCCUCUGCACCCACCCUGCAUCCUGGCCCAGAGGGAGCCAGCUGUGGCAUGGUGAGACCUAGGGGAGCCAGGAGCUGUGGCUUCUGGGAAGGAGGGCAAGGAGCAACCAAGGCAGCUGCUAAAAGAUGGACCUCAAGUGUGGAGGGAGGGGGACCAGACUCCUGCCUGACAGUGGCAGUCCCCUAUCAUUGCCCUCCAGGAAGGCAUCUAUGAGAAGGUGCAGCAGGCCAAGAGGAUGUGCUU